GGGGUUGGCGCGUGCGCUGUCGUGUUUGUUUUUUUGGGUUGUGCGACACACUCCUACAGUUUUAGUUUCUUAUUACGGAUUUUUUUCAUUUUUUUUCUUCAUUGGAACAUCUAAAGCGUUUUCCAUCAUGGGGAAGUCUUUCGCUAAUUUUAUGUGCAAGAAAGAUUUCCACCCUGCGUCUAAAUCCAACAUUAAAAAGGUAUGGAUGGCCGAACAAAAAUUAACAUUUGAAAAGAAAAAGCAAGAGGAGCUAAUGCAGCAGUACGUCAAGGAGCAAGACACAUAUAACAAUAGAUUAUUGAUGGGAGAUGAUAAAGUUAAAAAUGGACUAAACUUCAUGUAUGAGGCACCACCAGGAGCAUCAAAGGAAGAGACAAAGGAGAAAGAAGGAGAAUCGGAAUAUAAAUUUGAGUGGCAGAAAGUAGCACCCCGAGAAAAAUAUGCUAAGGAUGACAUGAACAUUAGGGAUCAACCAUUUGGUAUUCAGGUGCGGAAUGUUAGGUGCAUCAAGUGCCACAAAUGGGGACAUGUGAAUACUGAUCGAGAGUGUCCACUGUUUGGAUUAUCUGGAAUCAAUGCAAGUUCAAUGGCAAAUGAUGGAGCAGGUCCGUCGAUGCACCCCUCCGAGUUAAUAGCGGAGAUGAGAAACGGUGGGUUUGCACUGAAACAAAAUGUGCUGGGGAGAAAUGUGACUCUUUGUGAUCCAUCACAGACAUUUGUUGAAAGUGAAGAUGAUGAAGACCCUGAAGUAGAAUUUUUAAAAUCUUUAACUACAAAGCAGAAGCAGAAGUUAUUAAGGAAACUUGACCGCCUUGAAAAAAAACAAGAAAAGAAAAAGAAGCGUAAAAAUAAGAAAAAAAACAAAGGCAAGCAAAAAAGAGUAAGCAGCACCUCGUCCUCUAGUGAGAGUUCAAGCAGCAGUGACAGUGAGUCGGAAGGUGACAAAAAAAGCAAGAAGCACAAGAAAAAAAACAAGAAGGAAAAAGAAGCAAGAGAGGGCAAUCUAAGUAGUGAUAGUGAAGAUGGCUGUCAAAGGAGGAAAAGACGUCAUUCAUCUCGGACCUCUAGUAACGAAAGUGAGAAUGAGGACAGAAGUACAUCAACAAGUAAAAGUCCCAUUAGAGACAGGACGAAAAGGCAAUGGGACAGCAAAGAGAGAAGGAUGUCAAAAAGUAGGAGUCCGAGCCAGGAUGAUCGAUCAGAACAGAAGGAUGGGAGGUACAGGAUGAAGAAAAGGUCGGAGAAAGGCAAUCGGGACAAUACAGAAAAGGACCAAAGGCAAAGAAGUGGGAGCACAGGGACUUCAAAACAGAGAAGAAUGUCCAAAGACAGAAGAAGCAGCAGUCCAGAAAGGCACAGAGAAACAGACAGAAGUCGGAGGAGCCGCAGCAGAGAAAAGCACAGAGACAGAAGGGACAGGAGCCAUAGUAGGGACAAACAAAAGGAAAGGCACAGAGAAUGCAGAAGUCCCAAACGAGAGAAACAACAAAAGGACAGCGAGUGCAGGAGCCGCAGUCGGGAGAGGUACAGAGAAAAAGACAGAGCUUGGCGGAGCCAUAAUCAAGCUAAAUCCAGAGAGAAAGACCGAGGUUGGAGGAGCCACAGUAGGGAAUAGACCAGAAAUGGUAAGGACAGGGAUCUGAUGAGCCACAACUGAGAGAGGCCCAGAACGUUGAUUGAAGUUGACAAAACGAUAAGACGAACGCUACCAAGCUAGAUUAAGGAAAGUAGGAGGUAUAUAAAACAAAACACAUAAAAUGAAGAAACAUUUCUAAAUAGAGAUAUUCUAGUGGCACUCUGUGACGCAGAUGAGAAACAUAAAUCUAUGCCUUCAUAAUAGAAGUUAGACGAAAUCAGAAACAAUUUGUGGCUAACGUCAGGUGAAAGUUUGUUUUGAGUACUAUUGUUGUUCUAGAUGAAACCUUUGCAUUGCUUGUUAUUGGUAAUGGUGUUCUAUGCUCCUGUGAUGACCAACUUGUGCUAUAUGGCUCUAGGAUUUGGGUGUACUACUCAAAAAACCUACUGCAUAUACUUGGAUUUAAUUUGUAUACCACAGAUGGUAUUAAAAGAUGAUUUUUGGGAAAAUUGAAA